AUGGCCCAUCAGAAUUCGUUGGAGAAUCACAAGUCGAAGACGUACGAGACCCACGCCUCUUUCGUUUAUUCGGUCCAGAAUACUAGUCCGGUUUUAUCCCUUUUGAAUGCGCAGCCAGGAGAGAGGAUCAUAGACCUCGGAUGUGGGACGGGACACUUGACAGAGUUGAUCAAAGAUCAAGUGGGGGAGGGCGAAGUGAUAGGGGUCGAUUCGUCCACUUCCAUGUUGGAAAAAGCAAGGUCCAAAUUAUCCAAGAUCACUUACAUUCAAGCGGACAUUCAAUCCCUUCCUACAACUCUUGACCCUUCUUACAAAGGCACUUUCGAUGCAGUUUUCACUUCGGCAACCCUUCAUUGGUGUAAAGAUGAUCCAUUGGGAGUGUUGAAAAGUGUGGAAUGGUUAUUGAAACCAGGUGGGAGGAUGGCGGUUGGAGUGAGAGCUAGUAUACAUCGAGUACUUCGUAAUAAAAACAUAGAUCCGGUACCGUUAGAUCCAUGGUAUUUCCCCACUGUUCAACAAUACACAGAUCUCAUCUCUCAAACUUGUUUAAAACCUACUCAAAUCGCCCUUCAUCCCCGACCUACAGCCCUAAACACCGAUAUCAUAGGUUGGCUCGAAACGUUCGUUCGGAACACUUUUUUCAUCUCUCUUUCUGAAUCAGAAGCGGUCAAGUUGAUGGAAGAGAUACAAGAAGAUUGUAGAGUUGAUUGUUAUUGGUCUUCUUCUUCUCCUGGGAUCGGUAUUAAGUCUGACCAAGAGAAAGGGGAGAAGAAAGAAGGAUGGGAGAUUAUGUAUGUUAGAUUAAGGGGAUUGUUAGUGAAACCUUAA